GACGGCAAGAAGCACAGCCAGAGUGAUGUGUCAUUGUGACCUGUGAGACGGCAAGAAGGCACUACAUCAUGGUAUUCAAAUGUCUUCAGAGGGCACUGUGACAGCAGCACGACUGGGGUGAGUCUACCCUGGGCACGGCUGUACUAGUGGAAGUGUGUCUGUGAGGUCUGUGACCCUGAUCACACACACACACUGAUCAGUGACUUCUGCCUCAUUAAAAUGGAGGUCAACAACUCAGAGGAUAAAACCAACAGACAUGUCAAGCUGGAGAGACGCAACUCUCCUGCGCCCAGCCGUGUGUCCAUGAAGAGUGAAAAAUCAAUGGGUGUGCCAAUCCACUUCAGUGGUGGCCAUGACAACAAUGAAGACCAGGACAUGAAGUUUCAUCCGGAGAGACCAGACUCUCCUGUGCCCAGCCAUGUAUCCAUGAAGAGUGACAAGUCAAUGGGUGUGCCCAUCCACUUCACAGGAGACAUCGACGGAGAUGAUGGGUAAAAACAUGAACUGGUUUGAGUUUUUCUUUUCCUUUAACCAUUAAUCAGAAUGACAUCAUAUAACUGAGUGCACUCUCAUGAUUCCACCAGUUUCCAGCUGAAGACCACAGCACCAGUGUCAAAGAGCACACACAUGAAACAAUCGAUUGCUGAGGCUGUUCAGACGACAAUUAAAUCCCACCUAAGGAAGAAGUUUCAGUGUCUAUUUGAGGGAACAGCAGAGCACGGACCCGUCAGACUUCUCAAUGAGAUCUACACUGACCUCUACAUCACAGAGGGAGAGGAGGGGGAGGUCAACAAAGAACACGAGGUCAGACAAAUAGAGACAGCAUCCAGAAGAACGCAAGCAGAAGACGAGGCCAUCAAGUGUAACGAGAUCUUUAGACCCUUACCUGGACAAGACAAACCCAUCAGAACAGUGCUGACAAAGGGAGUGGCUGGAAUUGGAAAAACAGUCUCUGUGCAGAAGUUCGUUCUUGACUGGGCUGAAGGAAAAGCCAAUCAGGAUGUCCACUUCAUAUUUCCGCUACCUUUCAGGGAGCUGAAUUUAAUCAAGGAGGAACAUCUCAGUCUAGUCCAACUCCUUCAGCAUUUGUUCACAGAACUGAAAGACAUGCCACUCUUCAAUCCCGAAGAGCACAAAGUUGUGUUCAUCUUUGAUGGCCUGGAUGAGUGCCGACUUCUUCUGGACUUUCACAACAGCAAGCCUGUUUUCAAGGUGGAUGAUCCAGCCUCAGUGGACGUGCUACUGACAAACCUCAUCAAGGGGAAUCUGCUUCCCUUUGCUCUCCUCUGGAUCACCACCCGACCAGCAGCAGCUGAUAAGAUCCCACCUAAGUGUGUAGGCCUGGUGACAGAAGUACGAGGUUUCAGUGACCCACAGAAAGAGGAGUACUUCAGGAAGAGAAUCAGUGAUGAGAACCUGGCCAGAAGAGCCGUGUCGUACCUGAAGUCAUCCAGGAGCCUCUACAUCAUGUGCCACAUUCCAGUCUUAUGCUGGAUUUUAGCCACUGUUUUAGAAACAAUGCUAACUGAAACAUAUACUGGAGAGAUCCCCAGAAGUCUUACUCAAAUGUACACACACUUCCUGAUCAUUCAGACAAGUAUGAAGAAGGUUAAGUACACAGAGCAAAAAGAGAGAGAUGAAGGAAUUAUUUUCAAACUGGGGAAACUGGCUUUCCAACAGCUGGAGAAGGACAAUCUGAUCUUCUAUGAGGAAGACUUGAGAGAGUGUGGAAUUAAUAUCACAGAAGCAUCAGUGUACUCAGGAGUGUGUACUCAGAUCUUCAGAGAGGAGGCUGGGCUGUACCAGGGGAAGGUGUUCAGCUUUGUGCAUCUGAGCAUUCAGGAGUUUCUUGCAGCUUUAUAUGUAUUCCUGUGCUUCAGCAAAAGAGAGAAAAACAUGCCUGACCAACAGCAAACCUCUCAGCUCUCUGCUCUAUUCAGAGCUGCAACACUUCAUGACCUACACAAGACUGUAGUGGAUCUGGCCUUACAGAGUGCGAACGGACACCUGGACCUUUUCCUCCGCUUCCUUCUGGGCCUCUCACUGGAGUCCACUCAAAACCUCCUAAACAGCCUUUUGAAAAAGACAGGGAGUAUCUUACUGAACACAGAAGAGACCGUGGAGUACAUCAAGAAAAAUAUCGAAGAUGGCUCAGAGUUUAACAGGGUGCUUAACCUUUUUCACUGUCUGAACGAACUGAACGACACGUCUAUGGUGGAGGACAUGCAGAGAUGCUUGGUCUCCGGUGCUCUUCCCUGGCCUAACAAUACCAUUCCCUCGUCCAGUCAGUGCGCCUCACUUCUGUAUCUGUUGCUGACUGCAGAAGAAGGAAAGUAUGAGUUUUAUCCAAAUCAAAUAAUGAAAACAGAUGAAUGUGUCAAGAACAUGCUUCCAGUUAUCAAAGCUUCUAGACAUGCCAGGUAAGAGAAACAGCAUCUUGUAUCUCUAUGAGAAUGUCUGUAAUAAAUUAUGUUUCCUUUAUCCUCUGAGAAUAAGUUCAUGAACCAUCUUGCAUCAACUCAGCUUUAUGCUUCGUGCUAACUAUUUUGCAUAAUACAACAUAAAUGAGUACAUCCGCGUGCAAUAUAAUUUAAACAUCAAAUUAUGUUGAAC